AGAAUUUUUUUUUGUUCUAGUAGUGUACCAAGCUAAAUGUGAUAAAUUCAAUUUCAGUAAGGCAAGCAACAACUAUACAUGUGAAAAAGUAAAGGAAAAAAUAUCUUUUUUCUAUACUCAUACUUUCAUAUUUUAAUUCGACGACGUGUUUUCUAUUUCUUUUUAAAUUCACACAUCAUGCACAACUACACAAUGUAUUAAAUGCUUUGCAUAUGUCGCUAUUUUUAUGCCGUUUUGCCGUUUUAUAGUAGUAUAAUCGAAAUGAAAUGAAAAUGAAACAAUAAGCGACGACUAGCCGCCAUAUUAUUCAUCAUUGAGUUUCAAGAUUUCAAUGGAUUUAUAAGGAUUGAACAUUUAUUUUUCUUUUUCUCAUUUUUUUGAGCUAAUUUUUGUGUUUUAAAACGUUUUAUAUUUAACUUCAAAACUAUAAAAAAAUGUUUAUUAAUAAAUUUAAAUUUUGAAAAUAUAAUUAUAUUGUGAAUUUGAAUUAAAAUAAAAUAAAAUUGGUGAAGAUUUUUAUGAAUAUUGAAAAAAAAAGGAAAAAAUAAGAAAAAAAAAAUUUUUAUAUAUUGCUUGUGAAAUUGUUCGCUACCCAUAUAUUUAGAGAAGAAAAAAGCAAAAAAAAAAAAAAACGCGAGUGCUUCAAAAGUGGAAAUUUUAAAUAUACAUACAUCUAUGCAUACAUAUAUGAAUAAGUAUAUGUAUAUAUUUAAUAAUCGAAAUAUAUAUGUGUACAUAUAAAAUGUAUGUAUUAUGUGUAUAUGAUAGAGUUGUGCAUUUAAGUUGAAACAAAAAAAAAAGAAUAUAUAAUUCUCGUAAUUAUUACAUUAUUUGUAAAAAUAGAAAGAAAUUAAAAUUAUAUUUCGAAAAAGUGAAUAUAAAAUAAGAAAAAAUAUAAAGAAUUUAAUUUUUUUUUUUUCAUAAAAAAAGAAAUUAUUUUAGUUUUCAUUUUAAAAAAAAAUUUGGAAAAAAAAUUACUCGAAAAAUAAAAUUUUGGAAUUCGGAGUUCAUUUUUAUUUUUUUGGAUUACAUGGAUUUACAAUUUCUUAAUUUUUAAAUAAAUAGUUAGGUCUCGAACUUGAAAUAAAUAAUCUUUUCUCUAAGUAUUAAUAAAAUAAUUUAUAUAAGGAAAUUAUACAUAACAUAAUACAAGAAUUUAAAUCAACAUAAAUCAUUUGGGUAUAAAUAUUUUUAUGUAGCUACCAAUAUUUAUAAUGAUUUUACAAAAAAAUAUAAAAUAGUUACCACAAUAACCAAUGAUUACACAAAAACAUUAAAACAAAUCCUCUGUCUAUUGCAAAAAUAUAAAAAAAAAUUUAAAAGAAAAAAAAUUUUCCAAAAACAAAAUAUAUGAUUUAAAAAUUGUUGAUAUACCAAUGUAUCAAUUCCAAAUGGCACUAUGGCACCAGCUCUUACUGAGCCUUUAAGUCCGAAUAAUACUUUAACAACUUCAACAUCAUCGGCAUCGCCACGACCAAGUAUUUCGAAAACAUCGACAAAUAGUCUUUUAAAAAAUAACAAUCACAAUAUUAAAAACGGAAAUACUGUUAAUAAUAAAAAUAAUAAGCCAAGUUCAUCACAAUCUACAUCUGGUUCUACAACUGAUACAUUAUUAAACGGACACAAUAACAAUACUAACACAUCACAUAAGAACUUUGGUAUUACUGAGAAUAGCAACACCAGUUACAAUAAUAUUAGUAAUAAUAAUUUACAAAAAAAUAAUUUAUUUCGUCGUAGUCUAACAUCAACUUGUGCAUUUCAAUCAGCAUUUGAAGAAUCAAUCAUAAAAGCAGGUAUAUCGUUGCCAUCAGAUCAACAACAAAAUAAAAAAAAUAAAAAAGCGAAUACAGUUGUUGUUCAAUCAAUUGUAAUUAAAAGACCUUCAUUUGAAGGUCAAAAACAAGCAAGAUCGAAUUCACCAAACGAGAAUCUUAGAAUAAGAGAUAACACUUUCAAAAUAUAUCCAACUAUCGGAUCAAAAGAAAAUUUGUCGGACAAUUUUUAUAAAAAAGUAAAAACGGAACCCUUGUAUAACCAACAACCUCAUAUUAACAACAAUAAAAUAUCACCGAAAACGAAUAACAAUUUCAACAACAGUAGCAGUAACAGCAAUAAUAACUCGAAUAAUACAGGUAGAUUGACGACGAAUGGCCCGUCAUCGCUGUUGUCGACUUCGUCAAUCGUUUGUAAAUCAAUCGACGCGAAGACAACAUCAGCGACGACAUCAAAACAGAAAUCAAAUAGAACAGAUAAAUUAAUGGGACCGAUGAGCAACACGACAGAAAAAGAUUCGCAAGACUUCGUAAUUAUAUCAAAGGAUAAAAAAUCUACAGCACAACAAUCACAACAACAAAAGAAUAAAAAUAAUUUAGAAGGAUUUAUACCAAUUGAUAAAGAUUUUGAAGAAGCUAUUAAUAAUACAUUUAAAAUUAAUUGCAUAAAAAGAGACAAUAUUAAACAAGAUCAUCGACCGAAACGUGAAAAAAACGAAAUAAGAACAUUGCUCAGGAUUGAUGAUCUACAGCAGAUGGAUUUACCUAAACAUAACGAUAAUAAUGAAAACAUUGUAAAUAUUAGUGACAAGUCAAUUGAAUUAAGCAGGGAUAAUAUUGAAAGUGAAGCUGAUGGCAAUUUUUUAAGUAAUAAGAGAAUAGUUGAACUUGAUGUUGAUUCUUGUGGAAACAUUAUAAGUGGUAGUACUCGUUUUGAUAAAGAUGUUGAAGAUAGCGUUAUUAUUGAAUGUGAUAGUCGGAAUCAGCAGUCAGAUAUUGAAUUUUCACAACAAGAAAUUCGUUCAACCGGAACAACUGACACAACAGUUUCAGCAUCAGAAGGAGAAAAUAAUUUUUUAGACGAAAACUUUCAAGAUUCAUCUCAAACAAUAUGUCAUAGACAAGAAAGCACCCCAAAUAGAUUAUCAAAUCUUCGUUCACCACCAAAAACACCCGCAUCGUCUAGUCAACAUCUAUCACAAAUUAUUGGGACAGUAACUUCAAGUAUUUUAACCCCACAAAGUAUUGGUUUAAAUUCAUCAGCAAUGGGUUUACAAAAAGAUUUUAAAGAUUCUGAAAUUGAUGAUCAAGUUAUUAGUGAUAUGGAUUUGUUGCAAGUAUUAAAAGGUUUAGAUCCAACAACAGGUGGUGAUAAUCUAUGCGAUUUAGCUGGUAAUUUAGGUCUAUUUAAUGAUGUUGAUGUUAUGAAUUAUGAAGAAAUUGUUGUACCAAAUUUAAAAGAAUCUGAUACUACAUUAGAUGCUAGAAGUAGUAUAGAAAAAUGUCAUCAACAAAUGGAACGCAAAUGUGAACAUUUAUUACGUAGAUUACGCAAACUACAAUCACGUUAUAUGGCAAAACAUAUUAGUCAAGAAAUAAGCGGUUUGUUUGAAUGGACAAAUCGUUUGGUUCGUAGAAAAGAUCAGCAUGAACAAAUACCAUGUUUGACAUAUGAAGAAGAUAAGCAUCGUCCAGUGUCAGCGACAGCAAUGAGAACUCUUUUACGAAGAAUUGAUUCAGUUGCCAAAGAACAGCAUUCAAAUCCAUCAGAUUUGUCAUCGCAACCAUUGAAAAAAUAUAAAUGUAGUAGUAGAUCAACAUCAUCAUCCUUAAUAAACUCAAAUUUAUUGGGCCGCGAACAUCAAGAUAAAAAGGGAUCUUCUACUUCAAAUAUAAAUACAUCAAAUGUAUCGACAACAAUUAUAAAAUCGUUUGAUGCGAAAACAGCUGAAGAGAUUGGAUAUGUUUCAGGUUUAUUACAUUCAGAGGUACAUCAAACUCAAUAUGCUUUUGAUUCAGAUGCCACAGCUUCAUCGUCUGGUGGAGAAUCAGCUGAUGAAAUGGUCCCUUGUAAUAAUCAAUCACAACAACCAUUAUCAAUAUCAAAACGAGCAGGUUGGAAAUGGGCACGUGACAGAGCUGCAAUAGCAUCGCGUUGGACAUGGUUGUGCACCCAAAUAUCUGAUUUAGAAUAUAGAAUACGUCAACAUAAUGAAUUGUAUCAACAAAUUAGAAAAAAUAAGGGGGUGGUACAGUUUGAGAUUCCAAAUGUGAAAUAUUCAAAUGAAAAACAAAAAAAUGAUACAGUUAUAGCAAAAAACAUUACAGAUAAAAAAUUAAAAGUUGAUAAUUCCGAAAAUGGAACUACAAUAAUGUUAAAUAGUGAUAACAUAACAAUUAAUUCCAAGAAUAAUGUGAAUGGUUAUAGAGGCAUAAUAGGGAGUGUGAAUAAUACCAAUCAUCAUAUUGAAAAUAAACGUAAUAAUAAUAAUAAUAAUAAUAAUAAUAAUAUUAGCAGUAGUAAUGAUAAUAACAACAACAGUAAUAGUAGUAAUGAUAACUUCAAUAAUAAUAUAAAAAAUAUUAAACAAAAUAAUGUACAUCAAAUUGAUGAAAGUGGAAAUGCUUCUGUAAUAACAGAGGAUGAAGAGGAUGAAAUAUUUGGAGCGUGUAGAACUCGACCUUUUCAAAGAUCUGGUUUUAGAAAACGAAAAUUGUUACAGACAGCUAAUGUACAUACUGUGUCCAAAAAGGCUGCUAGACCCAGCUUUCAUUGCAGUACUGUUAAAUGCGGGUGUCAAUGGCCAUUUAAUCCAUGUGCUUUAUGUACUGGAAGACCUGAUCCAACAGCACCAAGAGACUUACCUGAUACAAUGAUGCUAGCCGAAAGGAUCGCAUUGUUAGAUCCCGGUUUUCAUCCAGUUUUAAGUUUUGCUGAGGAUGUUCCCACAAGUAUUCAUGUAGAGGCCAUACUUCAAAUGCCCGAAUGGCAGAAUAAGUUAAUACGUAGUGUCUCCAAAAAUUCAAAAUCAUUAAGUCGGAAAGCUGGUGAUCAUUCUCAUGGAGGUCAUAAUAAAAGUAGUGGAAAUAUAAAUUCUAAAAGAUCGUAUAAUAAAAGUAAUCAAAAAUACCGAAAAGAUUCUUCUACAACACCAUCUACCAACAAAAUAAAAAAAAGUCGAAAAAAUCACGAUUACCCUUCCGGAUUUUCACACCAUUCGGGAACAGUACAAUCCCAGCAAAAUUCUUCAAACUCAUCAAUAAAAAAUAAGCAUCGUAAACCUUCUUCAGGCACAAUGGUAUCAUCUUCAUUGUCAUUAAAUUCAACUACAUUUGCAUCAAGCAAUACUGCAUUGAGUUCAUCUGGAAAUCGAGCUAAUUCAAGUUUUUCCGCAUUAAAUUCUAAUACAACAAGUUCUAUUAAUGGGUUUCAAAGUGCUUUCGCUGAAUCUCUAAUAAAUAGUUUCCAAUGCGAUAAUUUAGAUGGUUCUACAAAUGGCGUGUUACCAAGAAGCAAGAAUACAUCUCCAACGCCUCUUAGUGGAGUAAACCAUAAACACGAAAGGCCAUUAGAAAGGAAAAAUCGCAACUCUUAUGAUAUAGAUAACAUUGUAAUUCCUUACAGUGUGGCUGCAUCGACACGAGUUGAACUUUUACCCUAUAAGGAAAUUCCCACACCGAAGUGGCGUGUAAUAGAUGAAGAUGCUGAAAAAACAGAAAAUGACUUAGGAAAUGAUAUUGAAAACAAUUUAGAUGUAUCAAAAAAUAAAAUGAUUGAUUUAUUAGAAAACAAAUAUGAUUCUAAUGCGGAUAUUGAACUUGAAUCAAUUACCAGAGCUGUUUUCAAAGAUAAUGAAUUAAAAAAUGCUUUAGAAUCGCAAGAUGAUUUGGAUCAAGAUGAUUUCUCAUUUAACAUCAACGAACUUGAUGAAGACAUUUCGAUCGAGGCCAUUCAAAGUCGUCAUGAACGUGCCUUACUUGAAGAACGCAGAAAAUUUUCAACUUACUUAAAAUUUCCAUGGAGUACGAGAUCUAGAGCUAAUAGAAGAAUUGACAGCAGAGCAGAAUCAAGUGGAGCAAACACACCAGAUCCGACUUCGCCAGCGCCUCAUACACCAAGUGUAGGAGGCGAUCAGGAGUCAAUACCCUCGCCAGCUGCACCUUCAACUCCAAUGGCUGUUCAAGGAGAAUCGGGUGAUGGAGAUUUAUUAAAUAAUACUUUUGGUCAUCGGCGGGAACGUAAACGAACAGUAUCAUCAAAAAAGGAUAAAGAUGUUUGUAGUACUACUUUUUCGCAUGAUCGAAGAAGUCAAAGCCCUGACUUGAAAGAAAUGAUACCACCAUAUGAGCCAUUACGCUUUCCAAUUUCUGAUGAUUUGUUUGAAAAAAUGUUACAAUUAAUGCCAAAUCAAAAUGAUAUGGAGGAAAAUAGUAAUUUGGUUAGCGAUAUUUGCGAAACUAACAUCAAUAAUGUUACAAAUAUUUUAGGUAGUUCCAAUACCGAAAACAUUAACAGGAAGAUAAGUGGUAGUAACAAUAGCAGCCGAAAAAAUUCAAUUUCAUUAAAUUUAUCUGAUACAUUUAGUUGUGUUUAUGAAUCCGGUACUUCAACAGAUGUUAAUGAUAUCUAUAGAAAUAAUAAUAAUAAUAGAAAUAGUAUAAAUGAGAAUAGUAUAAACAACAAUAAUAGUAACAAAAAUAUCAGUAAGAAAAAAUCUAUACAAAAAAUGGAAAGUAGUUUUCAUGAAUAUUUUGAUUCAAAUGAUAAAAUUUUUUUAUUACCUGAUGAUAGUGAUACAGAUUCAAUAGAAUCUGGUUUGGAUGAUCCCAAUGAUCCCGAAUGGAAAGAACCAGAGUGAAACUAUCGAAUGAUCUUUAUUGAUUUUUGUUUUUUUUUAGUUCUAUAUUUAAGUUCGAAUUCUAUUCAUUUUUGAAAUAUGAAUAUUAUUCAAUAGACUUACUUUUAAUAUUAAAUAUUUUUGUAUUUAUUAUUAAGAAGCUUUCUUAUAAAAUAUGUUGCUAUCAGAUAAAAUUUAAUACAGUAAAUAUUUUUUAUAAUAUUUAACUAGUUAACAGUCUCUAUUAUUUAAGUUUUUUUUUUUUUUUUGAUUUAAAAACUCAUUUGAUAACUUACAUAAAAUUUGUGAGACAGAAAAAUAUGAAAAUAAAAACGUGUACGUAUGAAAAUUUAACGUUUACUGUAUAUUUUAUUCAUUUCGAGUAAAUUUUUAUUGGAUAUCAUUUUAUGCCGCUUUAGUAAUGUUAAUUUAAUUUUGCGCUCAGCUUUCCAUUCUAUUUUAUUCCAAAUUGAAUAACGUUUUUCGAUUAUUUGAAUUUAAAUAUUAGAUUGCAGAUUUAAUAUAAAAAUAAAGCAAUUACACAGUAUUUGGAGAAUUGGUUUAUGUUCAGAAAUAUUUACGGUUAAUUUUUUAAUUUAACAAGCUCAAUUACUGUGUGUUAUUUUUAUGAUUUUUUGCAAAGUCUCAGAGUUUGGGAAAAAAGCGUCGAGCUAAAUUUGGAAUUAUAUUCAAAUAAUAUUUUUAUAAACCAGGUUAAAAAAUUAAAAAUAACAAAAAAAAUUUAUAAAUACAUAUAUAGUUCGAAAACUAUGUUUAUAUUCUCAGUUAAUCGACAAUUUAAACUCAAAAAAUUCAAUAUAAUUCGUGUAUGAGAAAUAUAUUAAGUAUGAGAAAAUGUAAGAAAGUAAUUUAAAAAUUUAAAAUUCCAUUAAUGGAGUCUAACAUCUUCAUUUGAAUGCUUGGAAAAUCAAGCAAAUUUUUUAAUUGAUGAUGUUUUGCAUUUGUAAUUUAUUGAAUUAAUAUGUACUUCAAAAUUACAAGAAUAAAAUAAAGGUUUACUAUCAAAAAUUUAAAUAAAAUAGGUAUCCAAAAAAAAAGGGUUAUUUUUAAAAGCGCAGUCUGUUAAAGGAAAUUAUAGCUGAAAUUAAAAGUUAAGAUAAAAAUAUGAAUCUAAUUUUAAAAAUACUAUGUAAAUAUGUAAGAAAUGAUUUGUAAAAAAAAGGAAGACAUAACUUUGAAAUAAUAUGUUCGAUAAAUAAGUUUUUAAAUUGAAUAUUAAUUACAUUCAAUAUCGUUAGAAGUAUUUUGUAUUUAUAUUGUUAAUAAAAUCUACAAUUAAAGAUUUAGUUUUUUUUUUAAAUAAAAUUUGAUUUCGCAUAAAUGAUUAACGAAAAUGAAUAUUUUUCGACAAACGUACAAAACUAAUAGUAUGCAAUUUUUAGAUUUUUGGUUUUUUCAUUUUAAUAUAUAAAUUUCCUGAAAGAAUAUUGUAUUAUUCUUAAUUAAAUGUCCUAUAAUAUUCUCAAUUAACAUAAAUUUUUUUAAAUGGAAUAAAAACAAUUUAAAAUUUAAAUUCUUAAAUAUAUAAAAUAUUUCUUAGCAUUUUAUUAUGAUAUAUGAAAUAUAAUAUUUCGUAUUUUUUAUAAUCUCAAGCUGCGUAAGUACCAUAUUUGUGUCCAAAUUUAAAGUUAUUUUAUGUUCAUUUUGAAUUAACUUAAAGAAAUUUAUGCCUACAGAAAUAAUUUUUUCGUUAAUGGUAUAUAUCGUUACAUAAAAAUUAAUAGGUAGUAAAAUAUAAUAAAAGGAAAAAAUUAGGACAGGUUUUGAUUUUUAAUAAACUACGUGUUCGCAUUUUUAAAUUAAAAGUUAAAUAACUUUAAAAUCAAAAAUGUGAGUCUACAAAAACAGUAAAUUUUAUAUUUGUAGAAAAAAGUUAAUGUAGUAAUAAAACUAAAAAUGACAAAUUUGUUACUAAGCAAUUUGCAAAUUAAUUAUUAAGUUGGAACCAAAUUAUUUGAAAUUUUUCUAUUUAAAUUUAAUAUUUAAAUUCUUCCAAAUCAACUUAAAUAACACGGUGGUAUAAACGUAGCGACUUUAAAGUUAUUAGUGUAUUUAUUUCAAAUGUUAUAAUACGAAAUUUUAAAAAUUUUUAUUUAAAAAUUCUUAAUUCUAACGAUUUAUUUGAAUAAUGAAAUACCAUAAGUAAUUAUAAAAACUAUGUCACAAUAUCUAUUUGUUUUUGUUUUUAUAUAUUUAUAUAUAAGUGGUUUAUACUUACAAAAAUUAUUAUAAUAUCUUGAUUUAAAAAAAUAUCUUAAACCAUUUUGUAAAUAAUUAAUUUUAACUUAAAUAUUCGAUUAAAAUAUAAUAUUUUAAACAUUAAAGUACCAGUUAUGAAUUUCAAAAAAAAAAAAAAACAAAGAGAAUAUGUAAAAUAAAAAUUUAGUAUAUACAUAUACGUUAUAAUAAAUAAUACAAAUGGUAAAAAAUGUAAAAAAUAAAAAAAAUUUGAAUAAAAUACAAAAUUCCUUUUAUACGAAAAGGAAAAAGCGUAUUAUUACAUAAUUUUCACGAUAUAUAUAUAUAGACCUAUAGAAAUAUUAUAUGAUAUAUAUAAUUAAUUUUUAAUUUCACAAUAAAAGUUACUAAUUUUAAGAGUUUAUACAUUAAAAAUUUUAGUUUUAUUAAAAUUGUCAUGUGUAUAUAUAUAUAUAUAAAACGAAAAAAAAGAAAAACAAAAAUUUUGUUUAUUAAUUACUUAUAGUUUAAAACUUAAAAAAAAAUUAAUGAAAUAAAAAAUAAUAUAAAAUUAAAUAUAAAAUUAAUUUUGUUUUUGAGUUUCUCUAACGUUACAGGUGCUUUGAGUUUAUCAUUGUUUUUUUUUUUACAAAAUUCGUUUCACAUGUAAUAUUUUUUGUAAUGUAAUAAUCGAAUUUUAGUAAAUCACAUUACAAAAGCACUCUAAUACAUAAAAUGUAUACAUAAAGUCUGAUAUUUAAACAUGAAAUUUCAC